GAAGCAGGAAGAAGCGCGCGUCUCGCUCGCUCGCACGCGCGGACGACGCGGCGUCGUUUGCUAAAAGAACAACACAGAAAUCCAAAGCGCGGCAGAGGAAGGCGAAUCUUUCGGAGCGCCGUCCCCACCAACCGCAAGCCCCGAUUGGACGCUCGUCGCGUGACGUCACAGAGGAGGCGUGGCCUUUGGGAGGCGUGGCGGAGGGGUCCCGCUACAAUGGUGGUAGGCGGCUCCAGUGUCCGAUGCAGCCGCCUGGGAGCCUUAUUUACCCAGCAGCGCGGCUGGGCGACGGCUGGUGCGUUCGACUCCGUGAGUGUGUGUGUGUUGUUGGUGCUCGCUCCCCAUCGCGCAUCCUCUGAUCGCCGGCGGGUGUCAGGGCCAUGACGUAUCCCCCGCUGCGAUGACGGCCACCGCGAUGUUGGGCCAACACAAGGGCUACCAAGACGCGUCGAGCUGCGGCAUGAGCAACGGCGGCGCGGCAGCGGCCGCCGGCGCCGUGGCCAUGCAGCCCCUGAACAACGCGGCGGGUUACAACAUGGCGGCCGGCAUGGGCAUGCACCCGGGAUACGCGCCGCAGUCCUUCGGCAACGGCGGCAUGACAUCCAGCUCGGCGUGCAUGUCGCCUUCCGUCGCUCCGCUGGGCUCCAUGAACUCGAUGAACACCCUGGGACAGGCGUCGGCUGCCGGCAUGAACGGCGUGUCCGCGGGCCUCAUUGGCGGCCUGGGUCGCGACUUCCUGUCGGGGCCCCCCGGAGGUCCCCCUGCCCCCUCGGGUGGACCGGAGUCCCCCAACGCCCUCCAGAGGGCCCGAACGGACUCCAAGACCUACCGGCGGUCGUACACGCACGCCAAGCCCCCUUACUCCUACAUCUCGCUCAUCACUAUGGCCAUCCAGAACAGCCCGUCGAAGAUGUUGACCCUGAGCGAGAUCUACCAGUUCAUCAUGGACCUGUUCCCGUACUACCGGCAGAACCAGCAGCGCUGGCAGAACUCCAUCCGGCACUCGCUCAGCUUCAACGACUGCUUCGUCAAGGUGCCCCGGACCCCGGACAAACCGGGCAAGGGUUCCUUCUGGACCCUGCAUCCAGACUCCGGGAACAUGUUUGAGAACGGUUGCUACCUGCGCCGCCAGAAGAGGUUCAAAUGCGAGAAGCGAGAGGCGGCUAGGCAGGCGCAGAAGGCAACCCCGGGUCACCACCACCACCACCACUCGAGUAAGAGCUCGGCCAAGAUGGCCGCCGAGGCACAGAGCCCGGUGCACAUGAUGCAGCAGCAGCAACAGCAACAUCAUCAUCAGCAGCAGCAGCAACAUCAUCAACAGCACCAGCAGCAUCAGCAGCAACAGCAGCAGCACGGACUAGCGCCCAGUUCGAAUCCCGCGAUGCUCGGCAUGGGCUACGGGUCGCACCAGGACCCGUCCAGUUGCUGUUCUCCCGCCAUGGGACAGCACCACGCGCUACACGAGUCGCUGCUCAAGGUUGACCCUCAUUACAACCCGUCGAACCACCCGUUCUCCAUCAACAACAUCAUCGCCAACGAGAGCAAAGCUGACCUCAAGCUGUACGAGAUGUCGCAGUACGGCGGCUACAACCCCCUCUCUCCUCCAAUCGGCGGCCACACGGCGCUGCCCAACGACUCAUCAGGCUACUACCACCCGUCCCUCUACUCCAUGUACCAGUCAGCGACACCUAGCCUUUGAUGUGAGGACAUCCGGGACUUCUCCUAACGGGUCCCGAGCUCCUGGUCGCUUCAAGGUCAAAGACGUGCCUGUCUGCUGCUGUCCCGGAGCCAUCGCUAGCUCACCGGCCGUGCACGUCUUCUGAAGAUUGCUUGAACGUUUCCCAGAAGGGCUUCGUUGAGGCAGACGAAGGAAGAAGCUGGGAUUGGGUGUUCCAUGGACCGUCAUCACUUCGUCAUCUGGGCACGUCUUGUGGCAGCGCUCGAUGUCACUCACGAGGCUUAACAGAGGAAGUGACCUUCACAGCAGGAAUUGGACGUCCCAGUGUCCCUCUAACAUCGUCUACAAGGCUCAGGGAUGCCGUCUGCGAGACGUAGUUCCGGUCAACGGGUGAUGCAUCUGACAUCGCGAUGAACGCCCAUGUGCCAGCAGCGGAGGUGUCCGUUGCGUGUGUGGUGAUUCCGACUUUGAAGAAGUUCCCUUUGCAGGUUUCACGGUGACGAGUCUUCGUGGCCUUUUCUUUUAAUAGUUCUUGUGUAUGUUCUGUGCCUUCGAGAUUUGGAGGGAAGGAGGGAAAAACUUCAAGAUUCAUGAAAUCUUGGAUGCCUUGAAGAGCUUUAAUACCCUGGAUGCUACCUCAGGAAGACUGACAAAAAUAACAGAAGUGAAUUUCGCUGUCUCGAAGACUAUUCGGCGGUGGUGAAUGCAAUCCGGCAUUUGGACACGCACUUCUUUUCUCCGAGACUUCAGACAUCUCAGGCAUGUCGUCGUGAUUGUUCAACCUGUCAUCGCCGCCUCCGUCUUCUUUCGGCUGCGGAAAUGUGAAGACGCUGUUGAAACCUGCCACAGGAAACACAACCGGUAGUGGCUCAAUCAACUUCGGAACUACCAGACGCGCCAAGGAACAUCUCCUUCUGAACAUCGCCUUGCCGGACUUGGGAGUCUUCAGACAGGCCAGGAAACCUCCACAUCGUGCAUUGUUGUAAAGAUAAACUUGUAAAUAGAAGAUAAAUAUAAUUUAUAAAAAAUACAAACUGAUACGAGAACGACGAGGGAAGUGGGAAAGCGCCGAAAGUGAAGUGCGGACAAUGGUGAACUCUAUCGGUCCUCUUUCCUCUUGUGAAGAAAAAGAACUGUUCUCUGUCUGACCUUUGCGAACUUUGCAUUUACCGCCGCGUUGUUUGUAUACCGGAUUGAUCGAAUGGAGCUGUUGUAAUACGUGAAUGUACAUAACAAUUAUCUUAUUCUUGUGCAUCUUAUACUCGGAGGAGAGGAGUACCAUUGAAACAUUUGCCCUUGUUGUCGACGGCCGUUCUUCGCCCUCAAAAGAAACCCAAACAAUUUGGAUAAUGCAGACAAACUCCAGUGUUGGAAACGAGUUUCGCUUUCCAACACUGGCGUUUCCGAGACGGACUGCAAGCAAUUCGUAACGUCAGCGUCAUGUGUUAACAGUAGUCAUUUGCCAGCUUUUGCGGUAGCUUUAUUCUUUACGUGCGUGGGGCAGGUCAAUUGCCUGCCUUGCACAUGUUGACUGUCUUGUCUAUGUGUUAACCAGACAAGGAGGAAACCACUAUCAACUGAUUAAUUUGUGAAACAUAUACGGUCUUCACUUCAUUGUCGGCUUUAGGCUGGAUCAGUUGUGAAUGGCUGACGUUAAGGAUCUCCAACAACAUUGAAAUCCUCAUUCUAGCGUUGAUAAUAGGCUGAUUACAGUCAAGCCAAAAGAUUCAACUCGCCCUGGUUAUAAUUUUGGCCAAUUUUUUGCGAGAUACAUCCUUGGACGCUGUCACACUGAGAUGGCAAGGAGCGUUACGUUCUUAGGCCCUUUGUUUCUUGUCAGAAUGACUUGAGUCCAAAUUGCGCUUCAAUAUUGGAUUUUACGCAUACUACGUAAAAGACAGUGGGAGUGACGUAGAAUUUCAAGCAUAUUGUUUUUAUCGGUAGAAAAUUGCUAGUUUCUUUGGAUAUCUCAACAAUUGGCAUGUACAAUGCAGAGUCGCAAACCCUUAGGAACAAGCUGAAAAAGGCCGCCGCUUUUGUCAAGUGUUAUCACACUUGAAAAAAGCCAUGUCUCAAGGUAUUCAAAAACGCUCGACAGCGAACAUUACAAAACCAAGAUAUAGCGCACCCGCCUCCCCUCCCCGCUUCCAAAGAAAAGUUAACCGGCUGGAGAAGUUGGAAAAAAAUUAAAAUGACUGGGUUUCAAUGGGGUGGUUGAGGAAUUGUCGCUACCCUCUACGUUGGCAGGCAUGGAGGCAUCAAGAGACAUUUGUACUGCUGUCGCUGAGACCUUAACAAACGCAAGGCGUGGCUUAUCAUGUUCGCGCUCCUUGCUUCGUGAUUGGCUCUUCAGGCUUCGUAUCUGCUAAUACCGCAAUGUGAUUGGCUGCUGGGCGAUAAUGAGAUGCAAGGGGUCUCGCCGCACUCUGCGUUACUUAGGUUGUCAGUGUCCGUUGUACGCUGUCACUGCCCAGUGAUGCGCCUUCGUCCCGGCAGGUGGACAUGGUGUUCCGUCUUAUCUUUUGCUUAUUUUGCUACGACGUGUUCACGAUUUGCUCAGUGGGCAUGUGUGUGUAAGAAUAUGUGUACAUACAGUCACGCGCUCGGCUCCGUGUAAAACGCUGCAAUGUAUGUACAUAUAACCAAAUGCAACGGGGCAGCGAAGAGAGCGUUAAAAUUUGUGACAAAGAGAGAUAGAAAGAGAGAGAGAAAAAAAGAGGUGACUCUAUUCUGAUGGAUACCUUGAACCCACCUUGAGGUUUUUAAGAAGAAAAAAAAAUGUAAUAAAUAUGCUUUCUAAAGAAUG